AUGAUGCGCCAAUCGAUCACGGGCCUGGCGAGGAGCUUCCUCUCCCGCCCAACUCUUCAGUCCAGCCGUGUGGCCCAGACCUUCUCCCAAAGGACGUUCUGUUCCCUCCCCUCCCUCCGUCCCUCGACUACUCCCCUCACAUCUGCCUUCCGCCGCCCGACGGCCACGCCAUUUACCCCUUCGACAGCCAAUGCUGCCGACGUCGUUCCUCAGAGCGCCAUCUCUGAGCAUCCUGCCAUGGGCGCCAUGCAGCUCCGCUGCGGUCCUCGUAACACUAUGAACCGAAACACCCGAUUGAUCCAGAAGCGGAGACAUGGCUUCAUCUCCCGCAUGAAGACAAAGGACGGACGCAAGAUCAUUGCGCGGAGGCGGGCGAAGGGACGCAAGAAGCUGGGUGUCUAA